AUGUUAUUAAGAAAAAUUAGCAACAAUAGCUUCAUUAGUAAAUCUAUAGGACGCCCUAGAUUUAAUUCUCUUCUCUCAGAAGCCGUUGCUGAGAUUACAGAUGUUGCUGCGAAGUCACAAGCAGCUGGUGGGUGGAUACAGAACCUGACGCCUAUUCUAAUACAUUAUACAGCUGCUGAACGUACCAUGAAAAGAUUUUGGAAAACGGCAAACGUUAGUAACUCAAAUGGAAGACACAUCGUACACCUCGACACCAGAAAGUUGAGAACUCCAGCUGGGAACGUUAUAGAUCUGCCUUCAAACAAAGGCGCUCUCGCUCUUUUAAUAGCUCACGAGUGGCAGUCACAGGAUAAGGUUAUCAAGGCCCACGCUCUUCCUAUCACUUCUUUAGCAUCCAGAGCAUUGGAUUCCUUCAAGGACCAAUCUGAGAGGAUCGAGACCUGUGAUAAGCUCAUAAAGUACUUUGAAACCGACGCCACUUGCUACUUUGAAGACAAGCCUAGUCAGUUGGUCGAACUUCAAGAAAAGCACUGGAGACCAAUCGUUGAAUGGGCAAAUAAGCGUUACAAUACUCCUAUUCACGUAUUUGAGAAUGUUCUUGCAAGUAAGCAACCAGAAGAAUCGCGGAAGCUUCUUCACAAUGAAAUUCUUCAAUUCGAUGCAUUUACAUUAGCAGCCUUCGAGAGAAUUGUUAUGCACACAAAGUCAUUCUUGAUUGCAUUAGCUGUCGUAGAUGGUCAUCUCAGCAUUGAAGAUGCAUCACAAGCAGCACGCGUAGAGGUUCUCUCACAAAUUGCACGCUGGGGUGAGGUAGAGGACUCUCACGACGUCGACCACCACGAUAUACGGAAACAGAUUGGAUCAGCAGCUUGCACUCUUAUUGAAAGUAGAGCUUGA